ACAUUAAAUGGCAAAUGAAGCAUUCUGUGAACGACUUGUAUUAUAUAAUUUCAUCAUUAUAUUUUAAGCUUACACAUCAUGUGUAGCUAUAAACCAAUCCGACCAAUUUUACCACCGGUAUUUCUAUUUAAAACAUUACGACGCUCGGAGAGUACUCUAUCUUCAAUAGAUGCGAAGACGAAGGAAAGAAUUUCUUCAAAAUACAUCGUUCGAAAUCAUGAAGAAAUUCAGAUACCAAUGCCUUGGGGUCACUUAGCUGGUAAAUGGUAUGGGUGUAAAAAUCGUAAACCUUUAGUGGGCUUACAUGGAUGGCAAGAUAAUGCUGGCACCUUUGAUACAUUGGCUCCUUACCUGCCCCCGGAUUUACCAUUCCUCGCCAUAGAUAUACCUGGUCAUGGUUUGUCUUCAUGGUUACCAGAGGGUACACUUUAUCAUUCUAUUGAUUUAUUGGUUUUAAUUAGGUUACUAAUGGAGGAGUACAAGUGGGAUAAAAUAUCUUUACUGGGCCAUUCUUUGAGCUCCCAAAACGCGUUUGUUUUUGCUGGCUUAUUUCCAAACAAAAUUGAUCUAAUGAUUGGCUUAGAUUGCUUGACGCCCUUUACAUCUCCAGCCGCAAAGAUAAUUCAUGAAACCGUAGAACGUUUUGAACAUAGUUUGAAAAUAGCCAAAUAUUUGCGUGACAAAAGUGAACCACCUGUUUACGAGUGGGACCAGUUAGUGCAACGUUUUCAUGAAGGUGUGCGCAAUUCCAUAAAUUUGGAUGCUUGCAAAUUUAUAUUAGAACGUAAUACGAAACGAUCUCAGCGAGAUUCUAACAAAUACUACUUCUCAAGAGAUAAUCGCAUAAAGAAUUGGAUUUUCCUUAGCUUUCCUGAAUCGAUUUAUGUAGAAUUAGCUAAACGUAUCAAAUGCCCUUACUUAUUCAUCAAAUCUUCGCAAAGUGCUUACUGGGAUAAAAAGCUUCACAAAGAAGUCCUAGAUGUCCUUAAGCAGGAACCCACUUUCCAAUACAGCGAAGUGGAUGGUACGCAUCAUGCGCAUUUAAAUGAACCUGAGAAAAUAGCUAGUAUCGUUAAUCCGUUCAUAAGCAAGUGGAAGCUAUAAAAGUUUUAACGUCUUCUUAAAUUCUCUUCAGUAUUAAUAAGAAUAAAAAUUUGUUGCUGUUUUAAACAUUAA